AGGUUCGCCAAUAGCCGUAUUGCCGAUUCUCUCUAGUCAGCUACAUUUACAUUGACAGCCACUGUACGGAUCGCUCAAUGUGUGUGUGUGUGUGUGUGUGUGUGCGCGGAUAUGGUAAACAAGCUCAUUACAGCAUAAGCAGUAGGCAUGGAAUGUUAUCGAGAAAUCCGUGUGGUUGGUAGGGGUUCAUUCGGAGCAGUGCAUCUCUGCGAGAGGCGUUCAGAUGGCCAGCAGGUGGUCGUGAAACGUGUAUCCAUCUCGCAGAUGACUGACAGCGAACUGGAGGCGAGCUGCACGGAGGUGCGUGUGCUGUCGAUGGUGCAGCACCCUCUGGUCGUGCGCUACCUGGACAGCGUGGUGCAGGACGAAGCCCUGCACAUAGUCAUGGAGUACCUGCCGGGGGGCACGCUGCGAGACUUCCUGCGAGCGCGCGACGGCCGCCUGCUGCCGCAGCAGGAUGUUGUGACUUGGGCAUCACAGUUGGUGCUGGCACUCUACCACAUUCACUCAUUGAAUGUCCUGCACCGUGACAUCACAUCCAGCAAUAUACUGCUCACUGCAAAUCACAGGUGCCUCAAGAUUGGUGACUUUGGCAUUUCGAAGAUUCUUGCCAGCAAGUCUCGGGCACAGACACUAGUGGGUACACCAUGCUAUCUAUCUCCAGAGCUGUGUGAUGGGCGUGACUAUGGGCGUGAGAGUGAUAUCUGGGCUACUGGUGUAGUCAUCUAUGAGAUGCUUGCACUGCGAAGGCCAUUUGAAGCCCCGACUUUAGCUUCCUUGGUGAUGCAGAUAUUGCGAGCAAGAGUACCACCAGUAUCAGCAACUCAUUAUGACUCUACAGUUCAUGAUCUUAUAACAAUAAUGCUGCAUAGGGAACCUAAAAGUCGGCCAUCAGCUCGGCAGCUGCUAGCACAUCCAGCCCUCAUAGCAGCUGUUCAUGCUGCUCCAGUAACUUGUUUUCACUGCAGUGAAGCUUCUUAUGUCUGACUGUAUUAUGUGUGAAGAAAUGCGUGUGAGUGUACCAUCAUGUGGUUUGGAACUGACGGAGGAGGAGAAGGAGGAGGAGGAAUAUUACACAAUGAAUCUACCAAGCAGUACAUUAUUAAUCACCUACAUAUCACUUAAUCACAUAUGUACACAAUAAUACAGUUAAGUCUAUUUAGCCAUUUAUUUAUAGAGUAACAGGGCUCACAGAAUGUGAAACAAAAUAUUUAAAGCUUUUACUAAAUUUUGAAAGAUGCCUCGGAUAAAAAAUUCGUUCAUACCUUUGCAUUCAUUUUAAUUAAUGACACAGUUUUUGAUAUUCUUACAUAAUUUAUUUUUGACUGCAUAUUAUUUCUACUCUUUUUGCCUGUGAAUUUAGAUUUCUAAUUAUUUCCAGUCCAGUUUCUUGUGCCAUGAAGUAUUGUCCUUUUUGUGGGAUCUUCAUUUUAUUUAGUGUUUUUGUUUCUAAACACAUACAUGGAGACAGAGUUAGCAUAUCUUGCUUCUCAAGUAUGAAUUCAAAUGAAUUAAGUUUCACAAUACCUACUAUAAACUAUGAUGCAGAAAUCAUUUGUCAUCUUGGAUUAAAUAUUGUGAAUGUAACACAUCCCACAGAAAAGGGGACGGAGCUGAUGGACCUUAUACUACAUGGCUGCAGAAAAUUCAAAAAUACUAAAUUGUGUAUUAUUGACAUGAUACAAUGACAGGAAAUUGAGUGGAGAUUCAUACUGGCUGUAAACUUUGACCUUAAAAACAGUGCAAGAAUGUAAACUAGACAUGCACUGUUAUAGAGGUGGGCUUAAAACACUGUACUUGGUGAUAUUAGUACAAAGUGUAAUACUGGUACGUUUACUUUUAAAAGGCUACCCUUACCUAAGUGGGUGUAUAAUAUCUUCAGCUUUCAUAAUAACUAUACAGAGCAGGCAGCUAUGAAAUGUCCAAAGGUGGCAAGGAACUGAGUUACUUAUUUUAUUUCUUUAUUUAUUGCAUACUUAGCCUGACUAAAUUAUGUCCUUGGUGCCCUCUCUUACAUCUUACAUCUGACCAGGAACAACACAUACCAAAGAUAUGAUAAAAGCGCAUUCACGAUGGUGGUGGUGGUGGUGGUGGUAUGUGCUUUAAGAAUGGCAUAAAUGUGAAGCAAUAUUUACUGUAGCGGCACCACUGUUUAGGAUAGGGAAA